AUGAAGCAAGAUGAAUCUGUUUUGAAGACACUUGAAAACAAAACAAGACAAGAAAUCAGACAGAGUCCAAGAUUACAAAAAACAAAAACGAAAAAGUCGAUGAAGCAUGACAAAUCUGUUUUCAAAACACCUAAAAAGAAAACAACUCAAGAAAUCAGACAGAGUCCAAGACUUAAAAUGAUUGAAUACAAAAAAUCUGUGACUCCUAUUAAAAUUGAUGAUAGCCUUGUAAAGAAUGAAUCUGAUGAAAAAGUAACAGAUAUGAAAAUCCAUCUACCUAAUGCAAAGAUAGACAUAACACCAGAACUUGUUCAUGAUUUGCUUGGAAUUCCUCUAGGUGGAAAAGAUAUAUAUAACACCGAUCAAUGUGAAGGAAAAGAAUUAAUGGAUUGGAAGCAACAGUACAAUUUCAAGGCUAUGAGACCAUCAGAUGUUGAAGAGAGAAUUAAAGAAUCAUCAGAUUCAGGGAUUAUUUUCAGAAUAAACUUUUUAUUACUGUUUGUUAAUACCAUCUGUGAACAGAAUAAGCCUGGAACUUCUUAUUUGGAGUUUAUGAGAAAUGAUAAGAAUGAAAAAAGACAAAUACAUGCACUAUAUUUUUGGGAUUAUGAAAUGAUGAUGAAAAGGGAAAAAGCUAAGUUAAAGAGUGCUGACUUUGGAACUUUGGAAUGGUAUGAUGAUGUUAUAGAGAAUGAUGAAGAAUCCGACACCGAUGAAAAUGAAGAUAUGAAACUCGAUACUAAGAGAGGUUAUAUGCUUGGAAGAGGAAUGAUUGAAACAAUGCAGCCAAGAUUAUGGGUACAUGCACAUGUCAUUGAUGCUUGGACUGAUAUUUUGAACUACGAAGAAAACCUUAAAUCAAAUUCUACAAUGAAUCGGUAUUUCUUUGAUACAUCAAUGGUGAUACAGUUCAUAUUUGACAAAAAUAUCCCUUUCAAUGAAAGAUUUGAUAAAUUUGAGUCAAAUAUCAAAGAUGCAAUGAAAAAGGACAAAGAACUUCUGACAUUUGAAAAAGUUCACUUGGAACCAACGGUUGAUGUCAUUGACAAUAGGAAUUCAGUUGCAAAGUUUUCUAGAGCUUAUCGUGAUGCACCUAAUGAAUUGAAAAUACUUUUUAGUAGGUACUUGAUAAGGGUCAAUCACAAAUCAGCUUCAACUUUGGAGGGUGUUGAACCAGAAAGGGUGAACAUGAAUUGGCGCACGAGGGAUAAUCAUGUUGAAUGUGGAGUUUUUUGCAUGCGUCAUAUGGAGACAUAUAUGGGAGAUAAAACAGUAAAUUGGACAUGUGGGUUGCCAAAAGAAUCAAAACAACAACAAAGUGUGUUAAACGAUUAA